AAUUGCUGUUAAUAUGUUUUAGACCGUUGCACCAAGUUCCAUAUUCGUUUUACAAUACAAAAUGGGUUCCCGUGAUAGAGAAAGCAGGAGCUUCCCAGACCGUUUAAAAGAAUUAUUCAAAAGAAAAGCCCAUUUAGGUAAUCACAGCUGCAAACAAGAAUACACCUUGACGCAGGAAUGUUUAAGAGACCUGAGCAAAGAGUCUCCCUUGGCGACUCGUCUCAAAAUUCUCAGAGAGAUAUCACCGACCGUUGAAAAACAAAAAUUGGCAGAUAAUGUUGUGGAAAAAAUCUGGACUGCCAUUGAAGAUCUUGUGAUUGAUAAUGCUACCGAGACCCGGCAUUCUGUAUUCGGAUUCAUGAACGCGCUUGUAAAAGGUCAAAGUGAACGACUUAAUAUUAUGAGAGCUCAGUUUUUCAGGCUCAUUAAACAUCACGAACAUCCCGAAGAUAUUGCCCAGAGAUUAGAUCUUCUUAUCUCCUUAACCUGCAAUGGCAAAAUAAUACUUUUUUUCGAAGAAGAAAUCGGCCGCUUUCUGUUAAAUUGGUUGCCGGAAAUACUGCAAGCCGGAAGAAUUGAGGAAUAUUUAGGCAUGAUGGACAAUGUUAUCAGAUUCAACGCAGCUUAUAUAGACGAAGAAGUUAUGAACGGAUUUAUCCAGCACCUUUACUUUCUGUGUGGCCCGCCAAACAGAUCCACCACGAUUAAUUUGUGCCUGCAAAUUAUGUCAACUAUAGUCGCUUAUAGUAACAUGUCGCCCGACGCUUUACCCAAGUUUAUAGCGGCCCUGUGCCGUACUGUAGUGGUUGAGAAAUACUGUCAAAACAGCUGGCAGAUUAUGAAAAACUUAUUGGGCACGCAUUUGGGGCAUUCUACUAUAUACACCAUGUGUCGCAUUUUGCAAGAGUCUGCACUUAAAUUCCACAUAGACUUAUUGCGCGGGUCCAUAUUUUUUACCAGGAUGGGCCUUUGGACCAUUGAGCCAUUGCCUAAUUUACGAUGCCCGCCUAGUUCCGUAUUGCCGUCUUUUUUACAGGCCAUUAAGCAAAGCAGACAUGCCGCUGUGGCGUACGAGGUAAUCCUGGCCAUACAACAGCUGAUAAAUCGUUGCGGUCUGGAGCUAAUGGAUUCGUCCUGGUCCGUGAUCGUGGAAACAUUGUCAACGAUCAACGAUAUAUCACGCAUAGAGCUGGCUAAUCCUAAGAUUCCGAUAAAACCGAUUUUGUGCGACACUUUGAAUAUGAUUGAAAAUUUUAUCGACUCGGGGCGUUACAACGGGUCUUUGAAAAGUUACUACAGACUCGUCGAGGGGUGCGCCUCCGACAGGCCCGACGACAGCAUCUUAAGACUGCUCGCUUACCAAGUGCAUCGUAUGAACCCGACGGAACAUACGUGGAUAGCGAAUUUAAGUAGUUUGCUCUCGAAACAUUUUAGAGCGGACAUGCGCACAGUUAUUCGCCUAAAAGCUUUAGAAAUAGUGGACGACGUGUUGCGAUUGAACCGGCAAGAAUACGAAGACGAGCUAAUUGAAAAAAUCGUUAUACCUCACUUGUCCCCGGUCGUCUCCGACCGAGAUAUUCUAAUACGAAGUUCCGUCAUAAAACUUUUGGUAGAUUUGUGUUUGUUGUCCGAAUCGAAGAGGUGCUUGGAAUUGCUCGAUAUCUUGGAAAAAUUUUUAUUUUACUCGUUCGAGAAUGAACGUCGCGAUGUCUCGAACGAGCAAGAUUUCUCGGACGUAAAGUGUUUGGUGACUGGUUUGAUUGACGUCUUCGUUCACAAAAUCCACACGCUUCCCUCGUCGCACGCCGUCAAAAUUUACAGGCUGCUGGUUUCGUUCUUGGAGAAACACUACGAGAAGCCCAAAGUUUUCGAAAAUUGCCGUCAACUCAGAUUUGCGAUAUUUGAAUGCUUUUUGAAGAUGAGAGCCGACGCUUUAUACCAUUUGGGCUACCCAAAUGGGAACCGUCUGAUUUUUAGUUCGUAUUUAUGCGUGGUGUACAAAAGUAACGACAAGGUUCCACUGGGGUCGCCCCCGCCCCAGCCUUCCACAGUCGCCCAACCUCCUUGCGUGGUUACGUACGUCCCGCUUAGGAGAGCGUUCAAACUAUUCAUAACUUGCUUGAAAUACGAGAAGGACUGGGAAGUGUUGAACAUGGUGUUGAGUGGAAUGACGAAAGGACUGCAAAAUAAAUCCCUAAUCCUGGGCAAAGGCAAUAACGAGCUCGAUUUGUUGGUGGACGUUCUUUGCCAAAUGCUUUCGGACCGAUCGAUGAAUUUGCCGGAAACGCUCAAUGCGAAAGUAUCCAAACCCGAUUUUCAUUCCGCCGUUCUGAUGGUCUUGGUUAAUCUGACCUCUUACCAUUCUCACUUGGACCAAAUACAUCAGCAAAAACUGAUUAGGAGCCUAAUGAAAUGUAUGCAAGGGGGACCUCGUACAUCGAAACAAUGUAUGUCGGCGCUGACGAUCUGCACGCUCGAGAUGAAAGACAUAAUGGUCAAAACGUUGCCCGAAGUGUUGCUUACGUUGUCGAAAAUAUCAGCGACGGUACAUAUUGCGGUACCCAUAUUGGAAUUUCUUUCAACUCUGACGCAACUCCAAAUGAUCUACACGAACUUCGUAGCUGAUCAGUAUAUGGCGGUGUUCGCCAUUUCUCUGCCAUAUACUAAUCCGUUCAAGUACAAUCACUACAUUGUUUCUCUCGCCUAUCACGUGAUUGCCGUGUGGUUCUUGAAGUGUCGCCUGCCUUUUAGGAGAGAUUUCGUUCGUUUCAUCACAAGCGGACUUCAAGCCAACUUACUCCCCUUCGACGACACUUACCUCAAAAUGGACACCAACGCGCUUAAUCAGGACAGUUCGGACCGGAAAAGGAGUUCCAGUUUAACGGAACAAGGGUCCAGACACAGGGACUCCCUUUCCGUCAGACUCGAUAACAAAGCUUCGGUGAUAAGAAGGCAACCUCCCAAUAAAUCUUUGGUUACAUUUUACGAAGAACUGACGGAGACGUGCAUCGAUCUGAUGGCUCGAUACGCGUUCAGUCCUUGCAGCGCCCUCCCAAAACGGUUGCCCAGUGCGGAAUUUCUUUUGAACGGCGGUCAAUCCAUGUGUUGGAUAGUCGGAAAUAGGCUGGUCACCAUAACUACUAGCGGGUGCUCUCAGAAAGUGUUGAAGCAGGGCCUCUGCGACAAAUGUUGGGGCAUGUGCAGCGCCAAAAGCGAGAAAAGAGUGUUAGUGGCAGAGAGCAGCGGUAGUUCAGAGACAAGCAGACAAAACUCCAACGAAAAGUCGAGCAAUUCAAUCAACUCGCCCCAAGAGGAGCCGGCGUCGAGGGUUGGCGCGGAAGCGGUCGCGAAAAAGCUCCACCAAGCGGCCAAAUUUCCAGACGCCAAGCACGAAAGGUACGGGUGCGCCUGCUGGUGUCAGGGAUGGGCGGAAGUGUAUAUCAGGAGACCGACGGGAGACAUGUCUUGGGUCAUGCGAAUCCAAAACGAGAUUUCCUACACGCACGCCAAUUACGAAUUUCCCUUGAACGAAAUAUCAACCCUUUACAUGUCCUCGCUGCAGACCGAGUCCUCUAGGCCUCGGUUAUGUCGCCAGGAUACUUUUGAUGAUAACCACGACGACGACGCUGUAGGCGGUACCCCGAAACAGUCGCCCUCUAGGCAAAACUCGCAAGACAGCAUCGAAGAGGAGCUAGAGGAGGUUUACGACGACGGUAGCAAGUCGAGGAACCCCGUGCGUAGGUCGAACUCCAGUCCCGAAAUGUCCGGGGGUUGGAAGAACCCCUUUCACAAAGUCGGGGAAGACGAUAAGGGCGGCGAGGACAAGAAAAGUAAGCUGUAUUCCAAGGACAUGAGAGUGAGUUGCGAAGCUAUCCCCGAAGAAAUCGCAGGAACAACGCCGCCGCAGCAAGAACCCCACCAAUUCUCCAAACAGAUUUCUCUGACGUCAGCUACGUCGAGUUCCUCAGUAAAUUUACACCCGGCACUGCUCAGUCACCACAGCUAUCCGGGUUCUUCGCCCACGAAAGACCCGUCCGUCGGUUCGAAGCCUUAUCAAACCGUUCCGCAUUCACCAAAUAUCAUUACUUCAAAUACAGAGUUUCCAAAGAGGCCCACUAAUUUGCCUGCUAUGACGAGUUUGUUGCCGUUGGCGAGUAAACCACCCCAAAGCCCUACUCAGACCUCGCCUAGGUUAGCUCGGCAUUCUAUAUCAAAAGGCCAGGAAAUACAAAAGAGUUCGUCAUCGUCCGUAGUACUGGACUGCAAUGUACAUUUAAGCCAGGCCCGCGAUCGGGCCAGAGAACGCAAAAACAGCGGCAGCGCGGAACGCCUCAACACCUUGGAUCCCAAUCAAGCACAGAAGCGGGAUCGUUUACACACCAUAUCGGUGAUGAGCCCGGCUACUAGGAAACCCAGAUCAGAGCCGGUUAGACACCCGACCAGGUCGAAGGAGGUGCCCAAAAGCGGCAUCAAUCCCAGUUUCGUGUUUCUGCAGUUGUAUCAUUCUACAGCAUUCGGGAUCAAACCCGAGAAACCGCUUUUGGUCAGCUCCAGUGAUAUAGUACAUCGAUCGGUGAAGAUUUUGGAUUCUAUACCGCCGUACGAGACCCACGCCAUCGGGGUGUUGUAUAUUAGACAGGGACAGGUUAACAAUGAAGCUGAAAUAUUGAGGAAUCGGUUCGGGUCUUUGAGAUACGUGGAAUUUUUACAAAAACUGGGCACGUUGGUUAAAAUAUCCGACGUGGAUUCUCAAGUUUGCUAUUUAGGGGGUUUGGAUCAGAACGGCGAAGAUGGGAAAUUCGCCUACAUCUGGCAAGACGAUAUUGUUCGCAUAACUUUCCACGUGGCCACCAUGAUGCCCAACAAAGAAUCCGAUCCUAACUGCAACAAUAAAAAAAUGCACAUCGGCAACGACUGCGUGGUGAUUGUGUAUAACGAAAGCGGGGAAGAGUACGACAUAAGCACCAUCAAAAGUCAGUUUAAUUUUGCGUCGAUUAUAAUCCAGCCUUUGGACCACAGCACAAACAGGGUGGUUGUUAAAGUUAAAGACGAUCUCAAAGACUUGGUUUUCGUGGGGGAACCCAAAUUGGUAUCUGAUCAGAACCUGGCGGUUUUGGUUAGACAGUUGGCGCUUCAUUCCAACUUGGCAUCGCUGGUCGCGAAGUCUCUAAAGCACAGUCGAAACGAUCCAUAUGCGUCAAACUGGUUGGAACGGUUGAGGAAAAUUAAGAAUGUGCGCAACAAGGUCCUCCAGGAGCAGAAAAACAAAGACGCCGACGUCUUUCCCGCCGACGACAAAGCAAAGAAGAUUCUCGAAGAUUUUACCGAUUACACGUGAUUUUUUAACUGUGUUUUGUUUCUCGAUGUUUUCAUGACUUUGCUUCUGAAUAAGAAGAGUUUGUAAUUGAUAAUAAAUACUGCUCGUUUAAAAAAAA